CAUGUUGGCACACAGUAUUGUGUUAACCUAGCAACGGUGUAUGUAAUCACCAUGUACUAGAGGGCAAUACAUGUAUAUAUAAAGCAUUACCUGGCACACACGUAUUCCAAGCAUUGAGAACAUAGGUGGUUAUCAUCUUUGGGAAUCGAAAUGGAGAAGUUUAAUGGAAAAUGGGAAUUGGUGCCAGAAUCGUAUGAGAAUAUGGACGCAUUUUCAGAGAAACUGGGGGUGCCAAAGGAGCAAAUGGACUUGAUAAAGAGUCUUGUAAUGAUUACGACGUUGAAGUUGGAGGAAAAUAAAUUACACGUGCUCGUAGAAUACAAAGAUCAACCAAUGAAACAAGAACUCUGCUUCACAGACGGAGAACCAUUGGACUAUAAAGAAUUAGAUGGUUCGGAAAUGACGACCGAGUACACGAGGAAGGGUGACAGACUUCACGAGAAGCACAAAUCAGUCUCGAAAGGAACCACAAUGGAAUGGACUGUGGAACGGUAUAUAGAGGGGGACAUGCAGGUUGCGAUAUCGAGCAAGGAUGAUGUCUCCAUGACCUACAAGAUGAAGAGGGUAUAGACGGGACCUCUUCAGCUGAAAAAUCCAACCAUUAUAUAAUCCCCGUUUUACCGCACAGUGGCUGCCCACGACUCAAACUGAUUGAAACUACAGCAGACCAGGUCCCGUCCCACAAAGCGAUCUGGUCAUUACUGAUGUUAAAGUAUGGAAGUUACGACUGUCCGAGCGCUAUGACCGCCUUGUUGAUCAAUCCCUGGACUGAAAGUUAUACGUGAAUGCUUCUAGAAUGUUGUGAAUAUAACAGGUUAAUUCGUACACCUUUACUUCGUGAUUAUUCCCAGAUGUAAAUUGGUCAGGCAGUAUAUGUCAACAAUGUUCACUGAUUACUGAAUGCAUCUUUCGAUGUUUGACAGUUCUAGAACAUUAAAGAAAUUUUGCCAAGGUAUGGUCAUUUCAUAAAAAAUCGGUAAAUCCUUUGAACGACAUAUUAAAGGGAGACUACUCUCAGAUACGUGUGAAUUACGUCCCCUGCUUAUCCAACAUGUAUCAUGUAAAACGGUUCAACAAACAUAGGAGACGAACGUACAAAGAGAUGAUAUUUCACUUUCAACCAGGUAUUCAUUGCAAAUUCUAGCACAAGGAAGUAAAAGGGGCACCGUGUGAGAAUAAGAUUGUUUUGCUUUGCUUUCCGCCCCAGUGUUCAACCGCGAAUGUCGUGACUUUUAAUAGAACGUGACACAGAACACGUAUCAGUUUGUUUCAGAUCCAUACAUGCUUUAUGAUAGUGACAGUUUUUGUAAUCUGCAUGAUAUAUACAAACAGCCAAUAUGUCUGAUUGUCAUAGCUUUUGCAACAGGGAAAUAAAUUUGUUUCUCUUUAUAAUAUGUGUGAGAAAAUUGGUUGUUGUUUUUGUUCACGUAUGAUUUUAUCCACCGCAUAUUGUUUACAUGAACUGUUGUCUUCAUUUCGUUAUUGUCAGCAUGAACUAUUGUCAUUAUUCAUUAUUGUCAACGUGAACUUUUGUCUUCUUUCAAUUCGGUUUACAUGAACUGUUCAUUUCGUUAUUGUCCACGUCCACUAUCACCUACAUCCAAUAUUGUCGACAUCUGUUGUGUCUAUGUCCACAUUCUUGCUGCUUCAACUGAUUGUGGGCCAUAAAGUUAAUGUCCAUUCUGCCCCGUCACCAUGACCCGUCUAACGUAAAUUUACACACAUAAAACAGUUACAAGCAUGUUGGUCAAGAUGAUCAAUUUUGGAAAUUUGUAAUUCUAUAAAAUGUAUGUGUUUGAUCUGGACGAACCCCUACAUAGCGCUUUAACAGGCAUUAUUUCAUGGUUUCAAUGGAGUGUAGUAAUAAAGUAAAUCAAUUACUUAAUUAUUCAAAUAUGUGUGUCAGGCCUAAAUACUAGUAUGCCAUUGCUACAACAGUUACCUGCCUAUCGGGGAGAUUUUGUCUAUUUACUCUUACAGGAAAUCGAACAAAGUUCCAUGAAUACAGAUUGCUAGUUAUUAGCUUAAAAUUCUGUGUUACACUCAUUCUCAAUAAAAGGGCGCAUUUCCAGCUUCUCAUAUCUGUGUAAGAUAGGUGAACCUGUUCCAAUCAGCAAAUCUCAAAGAAUACUGAAAAUGGAUACUGCUGAGAAGCAGAGAGUGUUAGAUUUGUUUGCAGUUACAAAUUUCAAUUAAGUGAAAGUGUGUUUGCUUUUUCGCAGUCAAACCUUACUGUUUGUUUGCAGUAUUCAUAAAGCCAUAUAAAACAUGAAUUUGAGAAAUGUACGUUACAAAUUUACCGUUUUGAAAAUAAAGGUUGCUUGAAACGA